AAUAUUUUUCCAUCUUUUUUUUUAGCACAGAUGGAAAAUGCAGAAAAAAAAUUAUUUAUUUGGACGCAAACGACAGAAGAUAUUACUGUAGUAUUUAAUACUGAUGGCGAUCUUAAAAAGAGCGAUGUAUUAAUGUCCUUAAGUUCAUCAUCGAUUCAUUUGUCAAUUAAAGGUCGCGUUUUACUCGGUGGAAAACUUGGUGGUCGAAUUGAUAGUUCAGCGUCAUCCUAUACUAUUGAUAGCAACAAGUUAGAUUUCAAAUUUUCAUAUGAUAGGUUCACUUAUUAUUCAUUGCAAAAAGAAAUGCGUAGUAUUUGUCUUAGGAUGGAUAUUGAUGGUAUUUUAUGGUCAUUUUCUGAUGAUGAAAUGAAGCCUAUAUAUCAUCGAGCAACCUUUAAUGCAUUUGGAUAUGUACAGGAAAAUGGAACUAUUUCGGACAAUAUUGUUGGAAUAUAUGCAAAUGAUUUUCUUUACGUUUUAACUAUAAGUGAUCUUUUUGCCAUCAAACUGAAAGAUCAGUUUUCGAGUGAUGUUGUUUUAGAAUAG